AUGAGCAACAAACAUUCGGCAACGCCACAGCGGCGCAAAGAUACUUUUCACGUUCGUACUGUUCUACCUUCCAAAGAGCCAUCGAAGGAGGAUCUCGAAUUAGCCCAGCAUCUGAUAGGCCAUGCUCAGGGAAUAAGAGGCGAUCCUAACGCGCAAGAUGGAGAAACUUCGAGGAGUACACCUUCGCCAGCAUAUGAUGCUUCGACCCCAGGGUCAACCAGUCCGUCCGUCCAGCGGCUACGAGAGAUUGCUUCGAGAUCUAGCUCGCUAGAAAGAAGUCAGCAAGAUUCAGCUCAGUCUCAUCAACGGGCUCAGUCCAUUCAGUCCGAUGCUGUUCCGGCAGGUCAAGUUUGCAGUAAUUGUGGCACAAGCCGAACACCACUAUGGCGACGGUCGCCCCAAGGAGCUACAAUCUGCAAUGCGUGUGGUCUCUAUUUGAAAGCCCGCAACGCUGCUAGACCUACCAAGCCUAGAACUCACUCCUCAACUGCGACUCCUAUCGCUCAACGAACUCCAGAACCAAGAGCUUCGCCAAGUAGUGUUGCGCCAAGCCAUACUGCGACUGGAGCAACCUACGUUGCUGCAGAUCAGACUUCCAAUGGAUCAUGUCCUGGUGGUGGAAGAUGCAAUGGAACUGGCGGAGCAGAAGGAUGCAGUGGCUGUCCUGCGUUUAAUAAUAGGGUCUCCAAAAGUGCACACUUCACAUCAUCACAGAAUCGCCAAGCUGCUGCGUCUGCUGCCGACUCGCAAAGCGAUCAUCCAACGGAUGCGCCGUCGCCCAUUGACGUUGCAGCUCUCAGCAUUCAGUCUCAGAAUACAACAGUCGUCGUAGCCUGCCAAAACUGUGGCACUACGAUUACGCCACUAUGGCGCAGAGACGCAAGUGGCCACACGAUUUGCAAUGCUUGUGGUCUUUACUACAAAUUGCAUGGUGUCCAUAGACCUGUCGCAAUGAAGAAAUCCGUCAUCAAGCGGCGCAAGAGGGUUGUACCAGCUGGAAAAGAUGGGCAAACCUCAGAAAUUGACGUUGCAAGUAACAUGGAGUCCCCAGAAUCAGAUCACCCAUCGCCGGAAAGCCAAGAAACCCGUGGCACUCCCAACCCUGAUGGGUCGAUAAACCUUGGGUUCCGAUCUCGUAACGAAGUUCGCACACAGCUACCUCAGCCUACCUCAAUAGCGAGAGGUGGGAACGAUCUCACGGCUUAUGCCUCAAUCUCGAACUCGAGUAGUUCAUUCGAACACCCUGACUCGUUGAGCAACGAAAAUAGACUUCCACCGAUGGCGGCGUAUCCGUCACCUAAGCCGGGUCGACUUUCCCUGUCACCUAAUACAUUUCUAUCGCCUUCACACAAACGGUCUUUCUCUACCUUAGAGACAGAACAACAAGACACCACAAACCUUGAUCCUAACGCUCAGCCCAAACGUUUGUCAUCUAUAAAAUCGAUACUCAAUCCUGGCAGUUCGGACUACCUAGACGCAGGAGGCAGUGGAGGAUCGGAUCGGCUAAGUCCAAAUCGAUAUUCCGCGUUGAACAGCCCUAGCUACGGAGUCAGUCCUGCAAACAGCGGAGAAGGCAGUCACGAAGCUACUAGUGAUGGGGAGAGGAAGAAGUUGGAAAGAAGGGAGUUACUGCAGCGGGAGGCUGAGAGGAUGAGAGAAGCCCUCAAGGCUAAAGAAAGGGAAUUGGAGGAAAUGGAAGAGUAA